CUUCCCAGGCGUCAGUGUCAGGUCAGCCGGGCUCUCUCUGCAGAUAAUACAGCUCCAGGUGAAAGAGGCUUAGGUGGGUCUCCAUGGCAACUGCAGAUCAGGGGCUGGCCCGCUGCCUCUGAGGUUCAGGAGGAGCUGCUCCAGCCUCCCGGGAGGCGUGUGCACACACACACACACACACACACACACACACACUCCCCACAAACACCAGCCCAGGCUGGAUCCCUCCGGUCAGGGUUGUUUUCUCUCAGCACAACUUCUGAGAGACAGACAGAGAGGGAAGAGCAUGAGCAGCAGCCAGCAGCAGAGGAGCAAGAAGAGGGAGAGGCUUAGCACGUAGUCUUCCCUGCACCCCGCUGCUCUCCCCCGACGCUCUCUUCUCCUCCCCAGGCUGGGAAGCAGAAGGCAGGCCCCCCGCUGGACCUUUCACCUCCGGAGAGGCUGACCUCAGCCAGAUGUGGACACAGCCCUUCAUUAAUGCUUCCGGAUGAACGAAUGAAUGAAUUAGAAGUGAUGGCUCAGAGAGGUUAAGCCCCCAUCCGGGCCUUCCAGCUGUGAGGGCGGGCAGGGCCUCUCUCUUGGGUCCCGGCUCUCCUCCCUCCCCCUCUCCUCCCCCCCAACUCAACCGACAGAGCGGCCCAAGAGAGACGCACUCCCGCCCUGCGUCAGCAGGGCCGAGGGGGGCCAUGGCCCUCAUCCCCUGGCUUCGCUGGAAUGAAGCCCCCCCGCGGCUGUCCCCCCGGAGGCCGGCUGAGAUGGUGCUGGAGACGCUCAUGAUGGAGCUGGCGGGGCAGAUGCGGGAGGCCGAGAGGCAGCAAUGGGAGCGCAGUAACGCGCUCAGGAAGGUCUGCACCGGCGUGGACUACAGCUGGCUGGCCAGCGCGCCGCGGCCCACCUACGACCUCAGCCCUGGCGAGCGGCUGCAGCUAGAGGACGUCUGUGCCAAGAUCCACCCAUCCUACUGCGGGCCCGCCAUCCUCAGGUUCCGGCAGCUGCUGGCCGAGCGCGAGCCCGAGGUGCACGAGGUGUCGCGGCUCUUCCGCUCGGUGCUGCAGGAGGUCCUGGAGCGCGCGCAGCGCGACGCCGCCGCCCGCCCCCGCCCCCGGCCCUGGAGCCUGCGCCCCCCCCGCGCCCCCGCGCUGGACCCCCGCGGGCCCCGCGCGCGCGUCUCGCCCUUCGCCGGCCACAUCCGCACCGUCUCCGAGGACGUGGAGCGCGACGCGCCGCCGCUGCGCACCUGGAGCCUGCCCGAGUUCCGGGCGCCGCAGGGGGGCCGCCCCGCCAGCUGA